AUUAAGUAGUAGUGCUGCGCGGCGCGGGCAGUUUUUGUUCACUUCGCCACGGAAGUCCGCGGUUCGAAACCGAACAGCCACAAAAACUUUUUUUUUUUUAUUUUUUGUUUCUCCCUUUUUCCACACUGAGAGCUACAUUACACUUAAUCAAAAAUUUUAAUUUCUACAAUGGCCCCCGGAAAAUUGAAAUGCGCUGGAUGCUUGCAAAUUAUUACUGAUAGGCAAUACUUAAAAUGCUGUGUUUGUUCGGAGUACUAUGACAUACUUUGUGCUAAUGUGUCCGAACAACGCUUUCGAAACACACUUACUGGACAGCACAGAACCAACUGGAAAUGUGAUGCAUGUAAGAACUCGGAGCCUAAAGCAGAUAACCGAAACACACUUAUUCGUGAACAUGAUGACAAGGUCAUGCGUCGUCGGGGUGCCUCAGCCCUGAGUCCGCCUGAGGAGCGCUUACCGGUUCCUGUUUCUGCGGAUAUCGAGUGUAAACAAGGGGACAUGCAAACACUUAUUAAAGAAUUGCGCUUGUUAAGAAAAGAAAUGCAGGAAACUCGUCUCCAGGUUCAAGUCCUUAAUGAAACCUUGGGUGCGCUCGGGGCACGUGUGGAUGUUUGUGAGAGCAGGUUAGACAAACUGACUUCCCGUAUUGAAAAUAUAGAAUCUCGUGGCAUGGGUUCGGUGACGGGCUGCGACGGUACGGCUUUGGCCAAUACCAUUGAGUCUCUGAGGGCCGAACUAAACGAGCGUGAUCAGGAGCUGCUGAUGAACGAUUUGGAGAUCACUUGCAUACCAGAACAAAAAGGUGAAGGUCUCCAGCACAUCGUCAUGACGUUGGCAAAUAAGCUGGGAGUUAAACUAGAGCGGCGGGAUGUGGUGAGUGCCGUUCGCGUCGGACGAGUGCUGAACGUUGGUGGCGACGGCAUGUCGUCGGCAUCGCGACCUCGCCCCAUAGUUGUCCGCCUAGUACAGCAUUCUUUACGAGAUGACCUACUUCAAGCAGCCCGUGUGCGCCGGGGAGCUACCACCGAAGGCCUCGAUCUUCCUGGCCCGCCUCGUCGCUUCUACGUUAAUGAGCGCCUGACGAAAACAAAUCGUUUAUUAUUUCGUCAAGCGCGUGAAAUCGGAGAGCGUCUUGGAUGGCGUUUUAUAUGGACCAGGGAUGGGAAAAUUUUUACUCGGCAGCACACUGGGCAGGGUGUUCCUCGUCACCGUUUGCGUACUGUAGCCGACCUCAUCAGUGUUUUUGGUCCUGAGGCCGUUGGUUCUGUAUCCGUUUAAGCCUGGACCAACAUCUUGUGUAAAAUUGCUUUGUUGCUGUUUUUAUAUUGAUUUUGUCCAUUACUUUAUUUGUUAUUUUAGACAUUCAUUCAAUUAUGAGUAUGACAUUGUAUCUAUUGUUAAUUUAAUUUGUAUAUAUUUGAAAUUCAAAGAUUGUAUAAUGUUCAUUAUAAUAUUAAUAAUAUAUAGUUUCCUUUUAUGUAUUAAAAAUGCUUAUUUGUAUAUUGAUUAUAUAUAUGACAUUGAACUUAAUUUAAUAGAAUUUAAUAGAAUGUUAAUAACUAGAUUUUUUUGUUACCUUAUAUGUCUUGAAGGAGCUUAUUCGUUUACUCAGUAUUGCUUAUUAUUUCCUUCCGCUAAAUGUUUCAUGUGUUUUUCUGAUCUGUCUGGCUUUCCUUUGGUAUUUAGUGUGUUCUGUGAUCAUAACUUCUAUGUUUUAUAUCUGUGUGUAGCAGCAUUGUACUCUUAUAACUUAGAGGCACUGAAAUGGACAGGAAACAAUUAUAUUCAUGCAUCUUUUUCUCCCUGCGAAAUAAUUUUACGGCAACUAUAUGUAAUGACAUAUUCGGUUACCUUUCAUUCACUAAUUAGGAAUAUUAUUAAAUUGCAUAUACUUAUACACUUUGUGACAUUUAAGAAGUUUGACGAAUUAAUAUACUCACUUACAUUAUUAUAUGCACAACAUAAUUAUCACUUUAUAAAUUAUAUUAAUGCAUCUUUUUCGCACUGUGAAACAAUUUUACAUCGACUAUUUAUAAUGAUGUCUUAUACAAUUAAUUUUUGUUUACUAAUUGAAAAUAUUACUGGAUUGCACAUACAUAUACAUUUCGUGACAUUUAAGAAAACUGACGUAUUAAUAUGCUCAUUUACAUUUUUAUAUGCACAAAAUAAUUAUAUCUUUCUAAAUCAUAAAAUAUGUAAUCGUAGCUUUAAUCUGAGUUUAUCUUACCCGACUUUAUUACUAAUUGCUUCUGUUAACAGAUAUUCUAUCGCGAUCGCUUAUUAUUUUCUGCCAUGGUUUGCUUCUUGGUUGCCGUAUUUUGAAUUGGCUUAUUAAUGCAGGCUACAAAUAAAUUAAAAUUAGGUCUAUUCAACGCAGGUUCCCUAAAUACUGGUCACGAUGAUUUUGUGGCAGCUAUGACACGUUCUGACGCCGAUAUUGUUGCGAUUAACGAGACUUGGUUGCAAGAGGGACAGGAAGCGCGCGCCCCAACGGUGG